AUGUAACGCCCUCUGAGAAUAUAAAGAAAUUAUAUGCGAAACAACUUUAAUGUAAAGAUGGUGGGUGCUGAAAAUGAUAAUCAAGAUCCAAAAGAAGUAGAUGUUAAAGGAAAUAUGGAUAACAAUCAACAAAAUGGAGAAUUAGUUGCAACAGAGAAUAACGAAGAAAGAAAUGUAAAUGCGGAAAUUAAUGAACAAAGGAUAAAAUAUCAGCCUACACGUUUGGAAUCAUUUUUUGCAAUAACAAAGUCUUUGAUUAUACGUUCCCUUAUUAUUUAUUUCAUCAGUUAUGUAUUUAGACGAGUUCAAACUGAUAAUAAUUCUCAACCUCUCAAUCUUAUCAAUCCAGCACGUUCACAAGCUAUAAAUAUAUUUGAGAAUGGAACAAUAUUUGAUUUACAUGUUUAUCUAUCAGAAUCUGAAAAUUUUAAAGAUUUUGAUUCUCCGCAACCAUUAGUAUGGUUAGAGCAAGGAUUAAUAUAUGGAGAUUGGUAUAGUGGGCCAAAUAAAGAUGGAUCAAAAUUGAUAAAUUAUAAAUUUAAUCCAUCUAAUAGAUUAAAGAAUAAUGGAUCCAUAUACCUCCAUGUAUAUGUUACAAAGAAUGGAAAAUCUCCAAAUCCUAAAGCAGGAAAAAAUUAUGCAGGAGAGUAUAUGUCAUAUUCUAGAAAAAUGUUAAAUAAAUUUAAAAAAAUUAGGUAUCAAAAAAGACAUAAUUUGUUAACUGGUGAAACUACUGCAAGUAAAGAAGAAAUUCAGAAAGCUGAAAUAAUGAAUCAGGAAUAUGUAUCGCAUUGGCACCCAAAUUUAACUCUUAAUUUAGUAACUGAUCAUACUAAUUGGGUGUAUGGUCAAGUCCCACCCCCUUUAGAUACCUAUAUUUAUUUUUUACCGGGCGAAAAAUACUAUAAACCUGUAAUAUAUCUGAAUGAUUUCUGGAAUAUGCAAAGAGAUUAUCAACCUUUAAAUGACAGUGUAAAAGAACUUGAGCUUCAAUUAAUUUAUCAACCUCUUUCAUUAUUCAAAUGGCAAAUCUAUGCUGCACAAACUAUGAGAAAUAAAUGGACACCUUCAAUAAUGGGAGAUUCGUCGGAUGAAGAUGAUACUGAUCAAGACACUUUAAAAGAAGCAUUGUUAGAAACAAACCCAUAUUUUUUGGGUUUAACUAUAAUUGUUUCAGUAUUACAUAGUGUAUUUGAAUUUUUGGCAUUUAAAAAUGAUAUUCAAUUUUGGAAUAAUCGUAACUCUUUGGAAGGUUUGUCAGUUCGAUCUGUGUUUUUCAAUGUUUUCCAAUCACUUGUUGUUUUAUUAUAUGUUCUUGAUAAUGAGACGAACACAGUUGUUCGGAUUAGUUGUGCAAUAGGUUUAUGCAUAGAAGUAUGGAAAAUUAAUAAGGUUAUAGAUAUUAGAGUUAAUAGGAAUGCAAAAAUACUUGGUAUCCUUCCAACAAUAAGUUUUCAUGAUAAAGGAUCAUAUGUAGAAUCUUCCACAAAAGAAUAUGAUAGACUUGCAUUUAAGUACUUAUCUUGGGCUCUUUAUCCUCUUUUUGCAGGAUAUGCUAUUUAUUCAUUAAUGUAUUUAGAACAUACGGGAUGGUAUUCUUGGAUUCUUAGCAUGCUUUAUGGAUUUUUAUUGACAUUUGGUUUUAUCAUGAUGACACCGCAAUUAUUUAUUAAUUAUAAAUUAAAAAGUGUUGCGCAUCUUCCAUGGCGUAUGAUGUCCUACAAAUUCUUAAAUACAUUUAUCGAUGAUAUUUUUGCAUUUGUUAUAAAAAUGCCAACGCUAUACAGAAUUGGUUGCUUCCGUGAUGACAUUAUUUUCUUCAUAUUUUUGUACCAAAGAUGGAUAUAUAAAAUUGAUCACACUAGGGUAAAUGAAUUUGGUUUUUCUGGUGAGAUGGAAGCUAAUAAUAAGAUGAUUAAUGAUAAGAAGCAAGAACCUAUUGAAGAUCAGCCAAAAACUGAAAUUGAUAAAAAAAUUGAGUAACAUUUAGUGCAUAAUAUUAGCCUUGAGUGUAUUAUUCGAAAUUUAUAUUAAAUUAAUAAAUUUAUUAGUACCAAA